UCGCAGCCACUCGCAGCCCGGGCUCAGUCGCAGCCCCUCGGAGUCCAGAGCCGGCCGCCCCUGCGGACCGGACAGCGCGGCCGGCGGCCGGGACGGAGCCCCCAGCCCGCGAGGAGGGCGCGGCGCAGGCGGCGGCGGCGCGGCGGGGAGGAGCCCGGGCCGGAACCAGGGCUGGGCCGGGGGCGGGGACGCCGGGGUCCCGGAGCCCCGGAGCCGGAGCGAGCGAACGAGCGUCGCGGGAGGACCGGGAAGGAGGAGCACCGCCGGAGCGAGCCGAGCUGCCCACAAAGUGCGAUGCCCCGGCGGGGCUAAGGCGCGCGGCGGCCGGCGCGGCGCGGAGGGAGGACGCCCGGGAGCUGCGCGGCGCCGGGCGGCGCGGAGGGGCAGCCCCAGCGGGCGGCGGCGGGCCCGGGCUGCGACCCGAGCGAGCCCCAUGCCCCGCGCGGGCUGACGGGCCGGAGCCCGCACGGAGCGGCCGGGCCGGACAGGUCCCGCUAGAGCGACAUGAUGGUGGAAUCCGCCUCGGAGACAAUCAGGUCGGCUCCGUCUGGUCAGAACGGCGUGGGCAGCAUCUCCGGGCAGGCGGAUGGCGGCGGCGGCGGCGGGGCCGGGGCUUCGGGCACCGGCGGAGGCGGCGCGGGCAGGGACACGGCUGCGGGCGCCGACAGCAACGGCGAGAUGAGCCCCGCGGAGCUGCUGCACUUCCAGCAGCAACAGGCUCUCCAGGUGGCCAGGCAGUUCCUGCUGCAGCAGGCCUCGGGCCUGAGCUCCCCGGGCAGCAAUGACAGCAAGCAGUCUGCGGUGCAGGUGCCCGUGUCGGUGGCCAUGAUGUCGCCGCAGAUGCUUACCCCCCAACAGAUGCAGCAGAUCCUGUCACCCCCACAGCUGCAGGCCUUGCUCCAGCAGCAACAAGCGCUCAUGCUCCAGCAGCUGCAGGAAUAUUACAAGAAGCAGCAAGAGCAGCUCCACUUACAGCUCCUCACCCAACAGCAGGCUGGGAAGCAGCAACCCAAAGAGGCACUGGGGAACAAGCAGCUGGCCUUCCAGCAGCAGCUCCUGCAAAUGCAACAGUUGCAGCAGCAGCACUUGCUCAACCUGCAGAGACAGGGGCUGGUCAGCCUGCAGCCCAGCCAAGCCUCAGGGCCCCUCCAGACCCUCCCGCAAGCAGCCGUGUGCCCGACGGACUUGCCCCAGCUGUGGAAGGGCGAGGGUGCCCCCGGGCAGCCCGCCGAGGACAGCGUCAAGCAGGAGGGGCUGGACCUCACUGGCUCAGCCACCACCGCUACCUCGUUUGCCGCCCCCCCCAAAGUUUCACCCCCCCUCUCCCACCACACCCUGCCCAACGGACAGCCCACUGUGCUCACACCUCGGAGAGACAGCUCCUCCCAUGAGGAGACACCAGGCUCCCACCCCCUCUACGGACACGGAGAGUGUAAGUGGCCAGGCUGCGAGACCCUGUGUGAAGACCUCGGCCAGUUCAUCAAACACCUCAACACAGAGCACGCCCUGGAUGACCGGAGCACAGCCCAGUGCCGGGUGCAGAUGCAGGUGGUACAACAGCUGGAGAUCCAGCUCGCCAAGGAGAGUGAGAGGCUGCAGGCCAUGAUGGCGCACCUGCACAUGCGGCCCUCCGAGCCCAAGCCCUUCAGCCAGCCGCUGAACCCGGUCCCUGGCUCCUCCUCAUUCUCCAAGGUGACCGUGUCUGCAGCAGACUCCUUCCCAGAUGGUCUCGUGCACCCCCCCACCUCGGCCGCUGCCCCUGUCACCCCCCUACGGCCCCCCGGCCUCAGCUCUGCCUCCCUGCACAGCGGGGGCCCCGCCCGGCGGAGGAGCAGCGACAAGUUCUGCUCCCCCAUCUCCUCAGAGCUGGCCCAGAAUCACGAGUUCUACAAGAACGCCGACGUCAGGCCCCCCUUCACCUACGCCUCCCUCAUCCGCCAGGCCAUUCUGGAAACCCCCGACAGGCAGCUGACCCUGAAUGAGAUCUAUAACUGGUUCACCAGGAUGUUCGCCUAUUUCCGGAGAAACACUGCCACCUGGAAGAAUGCUGUGCGGCACAACCUCAGCCUGCACAAGUGCUUCGUGCGCGUGGAGAACGUCAAGGGCGCCGUGUGGACCGUGGAUGAGCGCGAGUAUCAGAAACGGAGGCCGCCAAAGAUGACGGGGAGCCCCACCCUGGUGAAGAACAUGAUCUCGGGCCUCAGUUACGGAGCACUUAACGCCAGCUACCAGGCCGCCCUGGCCGAGAGCAGCUUCCCCCUCCUCAACAGCCCUGGCAUGCUGAACCCGGGCUCCGCCAGCAGCCUCCUUCCACUCAGCCACGACGACGUGGGCGCCUCCGUGGAGCCGCUGCCCAGCAAUGGUAGCAGCAGCCCCCCUCGCCUCUCCCCACCCCAGUACAGCCACCAGGUGCAGGUGAAAGAGGAGCCGGCUGAGGCAGAGGAAGACCGGCGGCCAGGCCCCGCCCUGGGCCCCCCCAACCCCAGCACCGCGGGGCCUCCAGAAGACAGGGACCUGGAGGAGGAGCUGCCAGGAGAGGAACUGUCCUAAGGGCCUCUAGGGGCAGGCAGGGCAGGGGUGAGACCCCUCCCUCCGGAACCCAGGCCCCACCUACCCCCACUCCUCAGCCCCGCCCAAACCUCAAGGCACUUCCAGGACUCAGAUGGGGGGGUAGGGGAGGCUGGGCCAGCAACUCCCAACGUGACCUGACUGACAGACGCUCGGGGGGCAGCGACGGUCCUGCCCCUGAGGGGACACCGAACCCCUGGUCUGGGACCGGCAGAGGAAUCGGAGGGCCCAGACCCUUCCUCAGACCCUCCCCUACAUCUGAAUACAGCCUCCCCCCAACCACCAGCAGCAGGGCCCUCCUCCCCCACCAGCUCUCCCCUACAGGGCCCCUCAGCGCCAUGGAGACCCGCAGGCGGGGCUAAGCCACCCCUCUCAAACCCAGGGCCCCUCGCACCUGGCUCUGGCAGUGUUUUCUGGCCAGAGCCCCCCCCCUUUUUCCUAAUUUGUGCCCUCUUUCACCUUCUUUUCCGUACUGUGAAGAAAUCUCCCCAGCCCCCACCUCCUCCCCCUGCCCCGGCCUGGGCCCAGGGGGGGAGCUGAUGUUCCAGACCAUCCCCAGAAGAAACGGGCCCCCUGAGCUGUGCCCACUCAAGAGCCACAGCUGGGGUGUUGCUGCCCUGCGGGGUCUGUGAGAGCAAGGCUGCCUCGCUCCCGGACAGGAACCCAGGCCGAACUGGGCCUCCACCCCAUUCACUGGGUGCCCCUCGGCUGCCCCCCACACACCAGGGAGCAGAGGAAGAGGCCCAGUGCUGGCUUCCUCGCAGAGGUCUGUGCAGGGUGGGCCGAUGGAGGGGGAGCCGCGAGGCCCUCGAGGCUGAAGCUGCCAGUGCCACCCAGGAAGCAUCCUGCCUCUGUCACGGGAGAGGCCAGGCAGAGACCAGGCUUGAGGGGCAGGUGACUGCCGUGACCCAACAGGUCACCCCCAGCCUACAGGUCCCCUCAUGGUAGUCCUCCCUCACCCCUCCUCAGCCCCCCUCCCCACCCCCAGUUAAACCGAUGACCAAAGACCUUUCUUAUGCCGGAAGCAAAAACCAAAACUUUUUGUUGGCUUUUUCCUUUGUGGCCUCCCACCCCCACCCCCACCCUCUUUGCUCCCCGCCCCUAGCCCCAGGCUGGAAGCCCUCCCUCCACUUAAGUUAUUGUUUUAAACCAAAGUUUACAGUGUCUGUUGGUGGCCCAGACCCUCUCUCCACCCUUCCUCCACCCCACCCUGAGGACCCUGGGACUCAGUAGAGGCUGGGGGCCCUGCUCACCCCCACUUCUGCUCUUGGCCAGCCAGGAGGAAGGUCCGAGGGCAGAGGGAAGGAGGUGUGCUGCCCUCAGCAUCCCGAGGGGCUCUCCUCUCCUCGGGCAGUGGGCCUUGAGCCCCAGUCCCAACCCUGGGCUGCUUCCUGGGGGCUCUACAGACCCCUCGCUAGGACCAAGUCCCCCAUCACACUGGGAGUGUGGAUUCCAGCAAAGGAGCUGGAAAAGAAGUGAGACUCCACAGACCCCCUAUGGGGGACCCCGACUUAGGCCAUGGACUGGGUGUGUUGGAUGCUCGUGAUACCCCAGGCCAGGCCCCUUUGCUGAGAAGACCUCCUUGGACUAUUUCCCAAGAACCCCCCACAUACACCCCUU